UAAAAGAAAAUACUAGCAGUGUAGUGAAGGUUAUAUUUUUUUUUAUAAAUAGAGGUAAAGUAUUACCUUCUCAUUCACAUCUAUCUUUACAGUAUAUACCCACAUGCAUUUGUCUAGCUUUCUCCCUCCCUCUAACUAAAACCUCCUUUCUUCACGCCCCUUUUAAGAAAAACAACCUAAGUUUCUUACAACAUGAUGACAACAUUUAUGUUGGCUUUGGUAGCAUGUCUCGCAGUAUAUUGUACAACUCGUGUUCUCGGGGCAAAGGACGAUUUCUAUGUCAAUAUCACAUACUCGAAAGCGCAACUGCCCAAGGCGCAGUAUGCCUGGAUGGAAGUCCACCAGCAUAUCAUCUAGAUAGGGGACAUGGUACCGGACUUCACAACUGGAUUAUCAAUUUGGAUGGAGGCGGUUGGUGCAGCAGUAUUCCAGAUUGCCUUGAUCGUUCAACGUACUUCUUAGGUGGUUCCGAUCAUAUGGGUCAACAGGGUCUUUUUGACGGGAUACUUCAUAAUACUUCCAUAAAAAAUCCUGAGUUUAACAAUUGGAACAGGGUGAGAGUGAAGUAUUGUGAUGGUUCAUCUUUCACCGGUGAUGUUGAACAAGUUGACCGCGAGAACAAGCUGUAUUUUAGAGGGGCAAGAAUAUUUAAGGCUAUUAUGGAAGAUCUAUGGAGCAAAGGAAUGAAAAAUGCUGAAAAUGCAAUUCUAUCAGGAACAUCAGCAGGAGGAUUGGCAACAAUCUUGAAUUGCGACAAGUUCAAAUGCCUCUUUACAAAGGAUGCCAGAGUAAAGUGUGUUGCAGAUGCUGGCUUCUUCAUCAAUGGAAAGACAAUCUAUGGUACUUCAUAUAUUCAAGAGAUGUUUCGGAAAAUCGUUAACCUACAUGGAUCAACUAAGAAUUUGCCAUCUCCUUGCACGUCUGUAAUGAAGCCAAGUUUGUGCUUUUUUCCUCAGAAUGUUAUUCCAUACAUUCAGACUCCACUAUUCAUAAUCAAUUCAAUUUAUGAUUACUGGCAGAUCAAUAACACUUUGGUUCCUGUACACCUUGAUCCUCAACAUGCAUGGAAGGAUUGCACGGAACAGAUAAAUAAUUGCACAUUUAGUCAGCGUAUAGUUAUUCAAGCUUUUGGAAUGGAGUUCUUGAAGACAUUUGAGAAACUACCCCCUUCUUUUACGAGGGGUUAUUAUCUCACAUCUUGUUUUUCUCAUGGCGAUCUUUAUAAAUCGGCGUACUGGUUCAGUGCUAGCUCUCCAAGACUACUUAAUAAGACAAUCGCUGAAGCUGUUGCGGAUUGGUACUUUGAGAGAGAAAGAUUUCAAUUUAUAGACCCUUACCCUUGUGCUAAAGAUUGCAAGUUGUCAAAAGGUAGUUAAAUUCUAUAAUGAAUAGGCUUGCAUUUGCUGUACCUGCUGCUUAAUUAUGUUGCGAGUAGCUAACCUUUGGACUAGACGAAGCUUUAAUGUGCUACACAUGAGUCAUAUCAGAUUUUAGUAAAUAAAUUUCUUAUGUGCCUAGUCUUUGUUUAAGCUUUUCUAGUUUUCUAUAGAUAUGUGAGGCCUUGUCAGGAAGCAACUUAUCCAUGUCAUGUGAAAGUCUUCAUAGAGUGAUGAGUUUAGAGUGCUCAAUGAUGUAAACUUGACAAAUCUUUCUAUAUUAUUGGAUAUUACAUUGUUUAUUUAAAUGAAUACUUGUGACUAGAA